AUGCCUGCAUCACCAUCAUCAGUCACCACUAGAUAUACCAGCCACUGCCACCCUUUCGUCACCACAGUCACCACCAGAUACACCAGCCAGCACACAGAACACAGUCACCACCAGACACACCGACACACCCACCGCCACCCCUUCGUCACCACAGUCACCACCAGACACACCAACCACCGCCACCCACCACAGUCACCACCAGACACACCAACCACCGCCACCCCUUCGUCACCACAGUCACCACCAGACACACCAACCACCGCCACCCCUUCGUCACCACAGUCACCACCAGACACACCAACCACCGCCACCCCUUCGUCACCACAGUCACCACCAGAUACACCAACCACCGCCACCCCUUCAUCACCACAGUCACCACAACCGCUCGCGCGCGUGUGGUAG